CCUCACACACUCCUCAAAUACUCCUCUUCACACACUCCUCCUCACACACUCCCCUCAGGCAGCUGGAUCUCCUCGUCACCAUGGGUAAAAUCAACGGCUGUCUGAAGUGCGUCUUCUUCCUGCUCAACGCCGUGUUCGGGAUCUUUGGAGUUUCGAUGAUUAUUGGACUUGUGAAGGCCCCCCCGCAGCUGUCAAGACAGAUGGGCCCCGGAUCCUGGGCUGGGAUGUGGGUAUUCUCCGUUGGGAUGCUGCUGGUUUCCAUCCUCGGGCAGACGGCCGAAAGGACCGAGAAGACAGCACUGCUCAAAGGGUUUGCAGGUCUGAUGGGGGCCAUAAUGAUCAUCAUGAUGAUCUUAGGGAUCGUCAUGGCUUCCUACAGAAACCAGUUAAAGAACAUCACCCCUGACUCUAUGAGACCGAUGAUGGCAGAUGACAAGGUACAAGAAGUUCUCGUCAACGUCCAAGGGCAGUUCCAGUGCUGUGGCAUUAUGAGCUAUGAGGACUGGGGGAACAGGAUCCCUUUAUCCUGUGAGUGUUUAGAAGACAACGUGUGCACAGACCGCCCAGGGCACUUGGAAGGUCCAGCUAAAAUCUACUCGAGGCCGUGCUUCCCCAUCGUGUCCGACCUGCUGGUUCCUGCCUUGACGGUCUCCAUGGGUGUCUUCUUUGGCUUCGCUGUCACCGCUCACUUCUGCCUGGGGGCGAGCCUCCUGAUGAUUGGUCAGGUGAGGCAUCACGACGGCGGGCGCGGAUGACAGGCCAUCGCCCUGACGACUAAUGGGUACAAGCUGAGCCAUGGCUUCUGACCUCUGACCUCACUCCUCAUUUCUGCUUCUAAAUGAGUCGUGGCCUAUGAAGUCAAUAGUGACAUCACCAGGAGACUGAGAGUGUUUCACUGGUGUUCCCAUUAAAGAAAACAAAAAAAAUUGUUCCUCAAUGUUAAGUGUUCCAUGUGUUCAUUCUCCUGUUACAAUGUACCUUGUUUCAGUGACUCCUCCCCUCCAUUCCUGUAAGAGGACAGGUGGACUCCUCCCUUCUAUGUAUAUAU